AUGUCCAGACCUGGUUCCGCGACAGGUCAUGCCCCGCCUGGCCUGCCGGUGACGCCUACGACCUCGACUUCGACUACCCAGGAUGUUUUCUCGAACAGGGAAAGUCCCGGUGAUCGUGGCCCCAGCCCUAGCUUUGCGCACCUCGUCCAUCCCCGGCCCGAGUUCGAGCACGAGCGCCACCAGCGAAUCCCAAUGGACAGGAACACGUCGCAUACUAAUUCUCUUGUCAAUACCAAUCAUGGCCCUGCCAACCCUCACCCUACUCCGACCGUAUUCUCUCUCGGACGGGGCGGCACAAAAACCUUACCACCUCCAUCAAACGUCGCUCUGAGAAGAUCUAGCACUACUCCUCCCGAGCAGUUGCGAUCUUCUCGUGCAAUUUCCUCGACACAUUCGGACGCAAGGCCCUUCCGCUCGCAGACUCCCCAACUCUCAGAGAGGGACAGCAUCUUCGCAACUCACUAUCUCCCGUCCGACACCAACGAUGCUGUCACUUCCUCUCCUCCCUCGUCGCUUUCUAUUCAAGAACAUCGUCAUGUUGAUCAGGGUUCGAUAGGACUAACAAAGUCUGGUGACACCCCUUCGUCCUCGACAGUGCCUGUACCUGUAUUGUCGAACCCAUUUGAAGGCCGGUCUACUGUCGGCGGAUCUGGAUCUAUCAACAACGAUCCGCCGCCUCGUACUGUCACCAAGGACGACGCUUCGUCACCUAGGAAAUAUAUGUCACGCCCAUCUGUUUUUCGCCGUGCUUCUGAUCUGCUCCUUCAAGCUCCUUCCGUGCCAUUGACCGGCUCGCAUGUCGGUUGGGUUAAACAGCAAGAGACUGUAGAAAGUUCAAAGGUUGCCGGUACCCAUCGUAUUGCGAUCCGAGAAACCUUUCAUCCCUUAAGAAAGAUUGCAUCAGAAGGCCCCGAUAUUGAGAGCCCUAUCUCGCCUGAUCACGAUCAUCCUUUCCAUACCUCCUCCACUUCUGGCGAAUCUCGUUCUCAUAUCAACGACCCGCCCAUGUUGCACCCUCCUCUAACUAAUCACGACAUUGCACUGGCCGAUUCAUGGCAGAAUGCACGACAUAUGCGGAACAGAGAUGGGAUGGUGGAUGUUACUUGGGAUGGAGAUACUAGCCAGAAUUCCAGUCGCGGCCGUGGCGCUCGGGUGGAAGAAUCAAUCGAAGCUAACUUGACGAACCCUGAGCCUGCUGCUAACGUGCGAAGCCGCAAGUCUAGUCAUUAUUUAGGUUUGUUCAAAGAGAAUACCACCUCACCGGAUCGCAAGAGGCGCGAGGGCAGAGACCGGCCUACGGAAUAUACACGAAUCGUUGAAAAUCUUAAAGAAGAUAUAGCUGGCGAGGAUCAGAAUUCCCAAUCUACACCCCGACAAAGUCAUGCCGUUCUACACAGGCUGCAACCCCAGAACGAAAAUGACUCCGAGCGUGCUGAAUCCCACAAAGACGAAUCUACCCCACUAUCUGCGCAGGCGGAACGAGUAGUCUCUGGCGAUGUGGAGUUGUCACCUCAUCCUAUUCGAACUAUACCCCGAAGUUUGUCAGAAGAAAUACGUAAUUUCCAUUUGACAUCUGGCGGUACACGUGAUCGUUCCUUCUCCCCCAGCAUCCCCACUCUAUACGCAGAAAAGAUUCGAAAUGAAGCUCGUGACAGAAUCGAGCCUUCGUCGUCCGUCGAGGAGGAUAGGAUCCCAUCUCGCGAGGUCCGGACUCCGGAUAUCGCACCGGAGGACGAGGAGGAUGAGCAUAUAUCGUCUGCCUUGUAUUUCCCUCAUGAGGUCGCUCCUGCUGAGGAAGAGCAGCCAUUUUCGGCAUACCGACAUGAGGAGGAGGAUUAUGAUCGCCUAAGACCGACUGUCCGUGACCAGCUAGAAACAGAACCAACUAGCCAUGUUGAUAUAUCUUUACAUUCAAAAAUUGAUGAUAGUGUUCUACAUGGGGAUUAUCAACCGCUCAGCGAUGCCGAAGAGAGAGCUUUUGCAACAGUUUCAGAAUACAGCCAGGAAACCGCUUCGGAAUCUGAGGCCGAAAGCACAUUGUCUGCUCUUGACGAGAUUUCAAGUCUAACGGACGAUGCGGAGCAUCUAUCGCUGACACCUACCCAGGCACAAAGGCAAUACCGCCAUCGCCGUAAGCAUACUAAAGGCGGCCUCGUUGGCGCCGUGGAAUUGAAACCUUACCGACAUCAAGUGGGUGGCCAUACCACUGUAUUUCGAUUUUCACGACGGGCGGUCUGCAAGCAACUCAACAAUCGUGAGAACGAGUUCUAUGAGCGUAUAGAGAGGCGGCAUCCCGAAAUGCUUGUUUUUCUACCGAGGUAUAUUGGGGUGUUAAAUGUCACAUUUUCCAAGAAGCCUAAACAUUCAAAGAAACGCAGCAAUGAAGCUAUCAGCAAGGCCAAUGAGGCUGCUAUUGCAGAAGGACAACCCGCCGCACAUAGUUUCAAGAAGGAGACCGUCAGCGGUCCUCCUAAAGCCGCAGACCAGCCAAGAAUAUUCAGCCAGCAACAAACCACUGGCGUAAUCCCCAAAGUUACAAUUGAGAACAACAGACAUAUCAUUCCGUCUGACCUUUUCCUGUCCUCUCCGCCACGAAAUGGAGGUGAAGCAAAGCAGUUAGAAUAUUUGCCCUCUGAUGAAUUGUCAAAAUCAGCAGACGACACGCCAAAAAAUUCCUUUGCAGAAGAUGUUGAUCAACGAAUGGUCCCACAAAUUGGAAAACCUAAGAUUUGGGGUGCAACAACUGUAAACAGGAAGCUUAAAGAGCAGGUUCUUCGAGAAGUUUUCAGUCCGCCGCCAAUUCAUCAUCAUCGCCGAUCAGUGCGAAAUCACCCUGGUUUACCUCGACAUCGUUCAGACACUGGCCAAAUGAAUGGUGAUGGCGCAGAGGACCAUGUAUCCAGUGGAACUACAAGUGGCCGAAAAUCGCCUUCGAGGAGCCUCGCGAUCGAUAUUGCAAAAGGUGCGGCUCAAGAUGGGUCUAUUCUCCCUUCUUCCGUCUCAAGUGCAAUAGAAAGGCACUCAAAUCCGUUGGACAAGUUAAGACGGCCAGAAACCCCGCCUCGAGCGAGCUCUCUUAGCAGUGAUAGACGCGUCAGGCGACGGCAUUCAGGAAGUGGCCUGCAUAGACGAAGAAGUAUUACUAGCGGUGAGGGCGACCUCAUUUUUUUCGAAGAUGAUGGCUAUGGAGGCAACCACGAGGAUGCAAUCUUUGCCAUGGAAGGCGAUACGUCUGAGCCUUCUCCAGCUGCACCAGUUCGACUUCGUACCCCUUCAAGUACAUUCCGAUCUCCCAACCCAGCCUCUGUGAAACUCGGUUCUCCGCUUCAGAUCGCAACUCGUCCGCCUGAUGAGCCCGAGCCCAUCCACGUACCGACCAAUCCCAAAGAGGCACAAACGAAACAGGAUGAUCGUGUUCAGUUUUUUAUCCUUUUGGAAGACUUGACAGCUGGUAUGAACAAACCAUGCGUUCUUGACUUGAAGAUGGGUACAAGACAGUACGGACUGUAUGCGGAUGAGAAGAAGAAGAAAUCUCAGCGACGAAAAUGUAAAACAACGACAUCACAGCAGUUGGGAGUACGACUGUGCGGUAUGCAAACCUGGAACGUUAAGAAGCAAGAGUACUUGUUUGAAGACAAGUAUUAUGGCCGAGACUUGUCUUCGGGCCGCGAGUUUCAAGAUGCUUUGACGCGAUUCCUCUAUGAUGGAGUCAGUUAUAGAAGCGUUGUCAGAAAGAUUCCAAGCAUUUUGCAGCAGCUCAGCACACUUGAAAACAUGAUACGAAACCUACCUAGCUACCGUUUCUACGCCAGCAGUCUUUUGAUUCUUUAUGAUGGUGAUGCAGCUGGCAAAGGACAGAAUGGCGGUGGGUCUAAGGACUCUCAGUUGAAUGAGAAGCCACCUCGAAUGACUCGACGUGGGUCUGAGGACUGGCACAAUGAUCAAGACGUGAAAUUGAAGAUUGUGGAUUUCGCCAAUUGCGUUACAGGAGAAGAUGAGCUUCCUUCUGAUGUACCUUGCCCUCCUCAUCAUCCUGGUGAUGUAGACCGCGGUUACCUCCGAGGUCUCCGCACGCUACGAAUGUACUUUCAGCGAAUAUUGAAAGAGGUAGGGCAAGAGGACAUUGUCGAGCGCGGCGAAGGCGAAGAUCUUGCUCCGGGACACCGAAUCACCAGUCGAGAGAAUCCGGCAGAUGGAUUUUGGGUUGAAGCCGUCGUCGAGAGCGACCCAGGCGAAGUUAGCUUUUAA